CUGAACAGGACACGUGCGGCCAUGGGGCGGUGCGACAGGAUCCGCGGCGCAGUGCAUUACGCAGCCCUCGGCGGCGGGGAGCGUAUAAGGCAACUGGAGAGACACGUCGUCGCUCAGUACCUUUCUUGUCCUUGACCAUCAUGGCUCAGACUCCCGAUAUGAAGACCGUCGACAGCCCGCCACCGUAUGAGUACGCUUCGGAGGAGGCGCCCAAGAACCCGCCUCCCGUCGACGUGAAGCACCCGGAGGGACCGCAAGCGUCAUCUUCCGUGCCCUUCAUGACUGCCGGGCCCUCACAUAUCCCGCACGCGGGACCUAGCCAGCCCCAGGUGUACUACUACAUGGACCCGCAGACGGGCAACCAGAUUGCCUCUCUCCUCCCUCCUGAUCACCCCGAGAUGAUCUGCCUGCGCGAGGGCCAGCAUAUCACUAGGACCUCUUUCGGAGUGCUCGGUAUCAUCGCCGCUGUCCUCUGGUUCCCUCUCGGUGUGGGUUUGUGCUUGGUAGACCGGCGCACCACUUGCACCCGUUGCGGGACUGUUUUGCACAACGGUGUCUGCAACUGAGCGGUCGUUCUCACUCUCCAUCCUCUCCCCGCUCAUCAUGGUUAUGACUAUCUCUACGGACUUCGUGCGUGUAAUAUGAACAUUCUCUCUCUUGUGUAAUACGAGGCUCUGCCGCCAUUCUGCAGACAUCGAUGUUGUGAACAAUGGCAUGUCACCCUUCGGGCAAUGUCAACGAAAAAGUAGAUGUGUUGCAAAGCUAAUGGUACAGAUUCCGCAAUGCUAAUAGUACAGGGUGGCAGACUACUACC